UUUCCGCCUGACGGGAGGAGCUGUCACCUGCAGUUGACUCACUCCAGACCUGACGACUGAUCUUGGGAGACGUGUGUGGCUCCUUGGAGUAAAGGUUCCUUGAGUCUUGAAGGAAGAUAAGACAUAGACAACAGGGAGGGGGGAGGUCAUAGAGUGGCCAGGCUUCAGUAAGUUUACCUAACCUUGCAAAUAUGGACACCUACUGGUUUAAAGAAAAGGCUACAAGUGAAAAGAACACAAGCGAGGACUGGGGACAAAUAAUGGACAUAUGUGACCGUGUAAAAGAAAGCAAUGUCGGCCCAAGAGAUUGUCUGAAGUCCAUAGCAAAAAGGCUUAAUUCAGAAAACCCCAGAAUUGUUUUACAGGCAGUAACACUUCUAGAUGCCUGCAUCAACAACUGUGGCCGCAAAUUUCUUCUGGAAGUAGCGAGUAGAGAUUUUGAGCAAGAACUUCGGAAACAUCUGACUAGUACACGUACACAUCAUAAGGUUUCUGAAAGACUUCGAGAAAGUUUGAGGAAGUGGGCUGAAAGUGAAUUUAAAGGUGACCCUCAGCUUAGUCUCAUUCCAGCUCUGUAUACAAAGCUUAAGCAAGAAGGUUACGACUUCAAUGUGCAGUCAGAUUCGCCUAAAAAAGUUGCACCAAAGUAUAGCACAGACCCUAAUGUGGUAAACAGCAAACAAGAAGAAGACGAUAUAGCUCGAGCCAUUCAGUUGUCGCUACAGGAGUCAGGAGGGAAUGGUACUCCUAGCUCUCAGCAAUCUUCUCGUCCCAUUUCCAACAGUCUUUACUCCACUGCCACAGCUGCCCUCAAUGCUGACACAGACUCAACAAUUGCCAGCAGUUCAUCUCCAGCUAAGGAGCAUCAGAAAGCUCGAGCUCUCUAUGAUUUUGAAGCAGCUGAAGACAAUGAACUUACCUUCAAAGCUGGAGAAAUAGUUAUAGUCCAGGACAGCAGUGACCCGAACUGGUGGAAAGGAACAAAUCACAGGGGAGAAGGACUCUUCCCUGCAAACUUUGUUACCCUGGAUCUCAAUGUUGAAUCCGAAUCAGCAAGAACAGAGUGUGGAAAGAGAGUGUCAUUCUCAGAAUGUGUAGAAGUUACUGAGGUGGAAGGAGCCGGCAGUGAAGAUAUUCUAGAAGCUGCAGAAGUGACUGGGGAAAUUGACGAAGAGAAGAUUGAUAGACUCCUCCAUGUUUUGCAUGAAGCCGAUCCCACUGGAGAACGACCUGAUCCAACUGAGCUUUCUAUUCUUGAAGAGCAAGUGAAUGCCAUGGCUCCAACGAUUGAUGCUGAACUAGAGCAGAUUGACCGUAAACAUGCGCUGCUAGCCCGAAUCAGUACUGACUUAGUGGAUGCUCUAGGCUUGUAUCACCAACUGAUGCGUGAAAUGCCACCUGCAAUGAGUGGAUACUAUCCCAUACCAAAGAACCCAGUAAAUGCUUCAGGUCAAAUGCCUGGGUAUGCACAGUCGCCAACACCAAGCAUGCCACCACAGAUGUAUGUAGGACCAGGCCAGUUUGGUUCUUACAUGGGUCCACCCCCACCUGGUGCUCCACUUGGACCUGUGCCUUUCCCAAACAUGCCUCCCUCUGGAUCAGCACCAGGACCACCAUCCCAGCAGCAAAUGGGUUCCAUGCCUGCACCCAAUCAAGCUUUGCACAGCCAGCCAACUCAUGGCCCCUCCAUGCCAGGUCCACAGCCACCACUAGGGCAACCUAUUCCUCCACCUGCAGAUUUUCAACAGAUGCCUAUAAAUAGUCAUGAUGCCUCAGGAGCCAGCUUGAUGCCAAGUUAUGGACAUUUCCCUCCAACUAGUCAAUAUGGACCACUGCCCACUGCUCACCCUGGUGGGCCCCUUGAGCAUUCAAAUGGACCACCAAACACUUUCCCUAUCUAUUCCCAGCCGCAAACUGCGCAGCAGCCGCUACUAUAAACUAUGGAAUAUAUCUAACAACUUUUGAUUUCUUCAAGUGUUUGGAGAAUAUAGUUGUUUUUCCUAAUUGAUUUAGUCAGACGACCCUUAAUAUUUAAUGUUAAUAUUAUUUUUGGCUCGUUUUCACUCUUCUGUUAUGAUUAUACAAUUGUGAGGUAACGUUUGGUUGCCACAUUGAGCAAUUAUUUUAUUGCUAGAUGCUAAUGCAUUAAACUUUCAAGUGUUGAAGAAUGAAAAUUUGCUUUGAAAGUGUAAGAUUUAAUUAAUUGCUAGAUAAUGAACAGAAUGCUAUCUGAAGAUAGUGUUUCCUAGCCUUGUAAUGCAAGUAGUUCCACUAGCUCUUUAUCAUAGCUAUUUUUAUAGUAUAAGUACGGUACAAGGAGUUCAUUGUAAAGUAUUUCCUUAUGAAAUUUUGUUUGGCUUAAAUGUUAAUCCUUACAAAUUUAUAUUUUAUGAGCCUGUAAUGAGUAUUUUUUGUAUAUACCACUUAUUAUCAACACUUGAAAGUCCCUUUCUUUAUGCCUAUAUAAAACUAGCCAAUAAUCAACAUUACAAGGAAUCCAUUGAUGGUGUGUCUAAUGCAAGGAUAUAUAGUUGAGGGUAAUAUUGUGUAUGUCUAGAUCAAUGAGAGAAGGCUUUUACCUGCAGCCAAAUGUUAGUGACGGCAUUAUUCACAUGCAGACGAAGAGUCACAAUAACGUGGCUGAAAUAUGUUGACCAAACCACACACUAAAAAGUGAAGGGACGACGCCAUUCCGGUCCGUCCUGGACCAUUCUCAAGUCGAUUGAGUUUUGACUCGCAAUCGAUUAACAAUCGACUUGAGAAUGGUCCAGGACGGAUCAAAACGUCGUCGUCCCUUCACUUUCUAGUGUGUGGUUUGGUCAACAUUAUUCGCAAGUUGUGCAGAGCUGGCCACGUGUUAUAUUGGGGGCCUCUGCUCUUGUUUGCCUCUAUCACACACACAUGAAGUGCUUAGUAUUAGUCGCCGUGAUGAUUAAAUAUUGAAAUUUGAAACAAUGUUACGAGUAUUUUGGAAUGGGAAAUUAUACUGUAUAGUAAUAAUUUCUAUGUAAUUGAGAGGUUAUAGCAUAUUGAAGGUGUAAUAGGCAUAAUGUCGUGUUUAUGGGUCAGCAUUCCUGAAGGGAUAGUUCUCCUUGCACCAAUUUUUUCUGAGAGCAUUUUCAUGUAGAUUAAUAACUUCUUUUCAUUGUUAGUCGUGAAACUAGACCACAAUUAAUUAAGGUUUUCAUCAUCCAAGGGUGCUGUUAGCCCCGAUAAGUUUCGGUGAUCUUUGUAAGAGUUUCGCUGGAAUAUGUUAUUGCAUCAUUUUCUUCUGUUUCCAUGUGUAUAAAGCUUGGACAUAUAUUUUGUACAUUGUAGUUGAUAUUUUGCCACUGUGGAAGUUCCAAGACUUUUUCAAGACUCGUUGUAUAUUGUAUUUACUUAACUGUGUAUAGAAUUAAAGUUAAAUAAUUGUCAGUGUAAUCUAUGUGGCUCCCUCGUGGUCCUGUGAAUGAGAAAGGCAGUGUGGAAAAUAGAGUAAAUCGUUUGUUAAUUGCAUUUUGUAUUACAAAAUUUAGCUAGAAACUGCAAAUAUAAAUGGUUUAUUUUGUUAUAUUUCUUCUUGGAAUGACUAGUAUGAUAGGCAGCUUGUGAUGUUCUCAAAAAUGGUCAGUGGUCAUUGCAAACUCUUCAUUGCCUGACUAUUAAAAUGUAUAUACUCUUAGGCAUGUAUUUAUUUCAUUAUAUUGUACAUAAAUUGUAUAGGAAAACUUAUAAAUUCAUAACAUGUUUUUACUUUUAAGUUUCUUUGGAGUACAUGGUUUUAUUCAACUUAUGUAUAUGAAACUUCUUAGUUUAAUCAAUUUUUCUGCAAUACACUUUUUCAUCUUGGUUUAUUUGGGACUUAUUAUUUCUCUACUUACUAAUGAGCUUUUAAUUGUUCAGUACACUUCACAUUGAGUCGUAUAUUUCGAAGCAUUUUGGAAAAUUAGAGUUUAAUUAUUUCUUUGUUCAUGCUUUUUUCUUUCAGAAACUUACUGCAAUUAUUUUAGUCAGAGCUCAAGUUUUGUGUGUCAUAGAAGUUAAGUAAUAGGAAUAGUAAAAAGCCCCUUUUCUUCUCAUUGGUGGUCAUUGACUAAUGACAUCUGCAUACAACAAGAAGGAUGAGAGUACUAAGAACAUUGGGAGGUAUAUAUAUGAACCAUGGAUUAGUUAUGAGGUAGAGAUCUGAAAAUCAAAGCGUGGUCUCUGAAGGCACUGAUGGGUACAGUACUGAGUUGUUUUUGCCUAAUUCUCAUUAGUUGUACACUAAUCUCCAAAAGUUUUCAUUUCCCCCUCUCUUGCCAAUUUUGUGGCUUCCUCAUAUACACUUUCAUUUAAUGAGAUUAGUUUUAGCCUUUUCAAAUUAUUGGUUUUCCCUUUUUGGAGAAAAAUAGAGAUGAAUUUACCAUUCUUGAAAUAUAAAGUCUGAGUGAGUAUAAUUGUGUAGACAGUAAGCCAUAAUAACAUGGCUGAAAAUUAGACAACUAGCCUACACACAUCUGAACAUCUGAAAAUACAGGAAGUGGCAAGUUUUGCUCUAUUCUGCACCAUUUUUAAGUCACACUACUUGAUAAUUGUCCAGUACAGACUGAAAUGUUGCUGCUUAAUUCAGAUGUGUGGGUUGGGUGUCUAAGAGUGUAAUUAUCCAAGUAUAGUUCCAGAGUGAGAGUUGUGCUCGUGGUGCCUCAUUUUCCCUAUAACCAUGGCCUUGCCAAACCAUUGGUUUAUAGUUUCCAUUGGUUUGGCUAACACUUCCCUCUCAUAAUUUUGUCCAUCCAUUCAUCUGCCGCUGUUUGCAAAAGGAGUUGUGUAUUUAUUUGUUCAAUACUUUAUUCCUGAUCUGAUCUCACUUUCUCGAUAUUGCAAAUCUAAAAUAUAAAAUCCUUAUAAAUUGUUUACAUUUUUGGCACUUUUGUAUACUGUAUCAUGAUUAUAAUGCCUCUAUUUUUUUGUGUGUGUGUGUUUUCUCUCUUGUCUGCUAGUUUUGGAAUAUUCAAUGCCUUCAGCAUGUGUUUGCACCAUUGAUAUGGUUUCUUGAGUGAAUGUUAUGUGAGUGAACACCUCUAAUUGCGCAUAUACUGUACUGUACUUUAUUAGAUCCUUGUUCUUUGUUUUGCCAAAGUUUUCCUUAACUAGUUUUAAAUCUAGAAUAAACUGCAAUCUUCAGUUUUGGGUAUUUGAAAAUGUCUUAAAUAACUACUAGUACCAUUUUGGCAAGUCACUUACCACCAGUAACACAAUGAAAGGUAGACAAUGAAGGCUGAUUGGAUAGCUAUUUAAAUAAGCAUUUCACAUUAUGCGUUAAUUGUAGACGAGAUUGUGCCAUCGCUAAUCAUCAAGUCAAGGUUUAGUGACAAGUACUAUGUUCAAUUUCUAAUAAUCUUUGUUCUUCGUGAUUAUAGCAAUGUAAUCAUUGUAUUCCUAACUAAUAGUCUAUGGUUUGAUUUAUUGACUAAUGCUUAAGAGAAUUAUAUUGUGGCAGUUUUGGUGAAGAGUGGGGAAAAAAACUUGAGAUUUUUAAGUAUUUGAAUAUGCAAGUGAUGAGCAAAGAAAUUAUACCAGAGAAACUAAGUGAUGAAAGUAUCCAGGAAACUGGUAACAAAAAGUAAAUGUGGUUGCCAUGCAGAAAAAAAAAAAUUACUUGGAAAAUGGAGGUGUUAAUAUAAAAUAUGAAUGUUCAGAUAAAAACAAUUGUCUGUAAAGUCAUCUUUGUUAAUUUUUCAGUGUUUUAACUCUAUCCCCAAAAUCCAACCUGUACGAAGAUUUGAAUUGGAGGAAUGUUAAAUUUCUUGUCAUCAUUUAUGAACGAGUGUGAUGGGAAAUAUUAGUUCAGGUUUUGGAAAGAAUUCAGAAUGGUAGGCAAAUUUUUCCUAAACCCAAUGAAAAUUUAUAUAUUGGAUGCUAUUUAGAAGUAGGAGCAAUACAUUUUGUAUAUUGGAGAAAAGACCCUUUAUAGUGUUUGCUAUGUAAAUGUGGGUAGGAAAGAUUAUUAUUUCAAAAUAUCCCGAGGAAUGGUUUUAAUAAUAAAAGUUGAUCAAUUUGGGAUUUGUGUGUGUAGAUAAAGCCACAUUAGUACUGUAUUUGAGUGAUAAAAGUGCGAUAUUUAGGUAUAAAGCAAAUAAUAAGUUGAACUGUGAAAUAAUAUGCAAAUAAGAUAUAUCAACAGAGAUAUGUUGUGUGCUGAGAUCAGAUGAUGUAGAUAGGGUUGUGUGCUGAUUGCCUUGCUACAUUCCCCAAGGCUUAUAGAAUGUAGACAGGCCUAGAUAAGCUUCAUUAAAUAUGAAAAUCAAUGAUUUGCUCAUAGAUUUUGUAUAAGAUUAGUCAUUCGUAGGCAUUCAGUAACCUCUUAUUCUAGUGAUAAUUAAAUUUUUAAUUUCAUACGGGAUUGUCUCCUAUUUAUUAACAAAUUCGGAACAAGUAAUGGGAAGUUGGUCAUAAUUCUGAUCCUGUUAUUCACUUGUAUUGUCUUGAAAGGAAAACUGUUGUGAUGUGAUGCAGUUCAGCCAAGUUAUCUCAAACUGCUGGAGAGAGGUUCUGAUCCCUCUAAGGUACUGUACUGUAAUUUGUGUUCAGUUGUAUGCUUCUUAGCAUACAAUGUCUCAAUGUUUUCUUUGUACUUGCUAGAAUCUAGGCAGUCUUCUUUUGACUCAAAAUGAAAUAGAAAGGGGCUAUUUACUCACUUAACUACCUUUGAGGUAAUACUCUAUGCAUGAUAACAAAACUUGAUUUAGAUCAUGAUUUAAAAUAUCCUUGAUAUUUUGUACAUAAAAUCAAACUGUAUGGACUGUAUAACAUUUAUGUACUACUGUACUUUGAUUUUAAUAAUAAAGGCUAGAUUUUUC